ACAAAACCAGGAGAGAGUGAAGAGGCAAAUUAAAUUUUAAAAAAAUAAUAAAAGAAAAAUUAAACAAAGGCAUACACAAUAACACUCUGCUCCUGCCUCUGCCCUUAGGUACAUGAUAUAUAAAGCUCUGCCAUUUUCACUAAACCCCAUUAUUAUUAUUAUUUUUUUCUGCAGACUGUUAGGUUCACUCGGCAACUUGUAAAAACCUUUGCUUCGAAUUCAAAAAUAAAAAAAUGGUGGUGCCUGAAGGUGGUGGUGGUUGUGGCGGUGGGGAUGGUGGUGGUGGUGGUAUAUCUCGUCUGCCACUGUCAUCAGCAACCCAGUCGCCAAAACCCAGCAAUGGUUUAGAAGAAGCAGAGAACGAGUUGAAUAAAGCCACAGAAGAAGUGGCUCCGGCCAAGGAAGAGCAAAAGGCAGUGACUUUCAAAGGUGGUAAUUGUGAUCGGUCAUCUUCUUCGUCUUCAUCCCCUGCUUUGCCAAAACCAGCCAAGGAAAUGUUCUGUAUUAAAGAAGAAAACAUAGAUGUUGUAGUUGUGGAUGAUGAUGUUGAUGUUGAUGGGGGAGAUGAUGGGAACUUUAAUGGUGGUGAUGGUGGUACAUUUUCUUCAUCUUCAUCCAUGGCGUUGCCUAAACCCAUGGACGGUUUGCACGAGGCAGGACCACCACCCUUCUUGAACAAGACUUUUCAAGCGGUGGAUGACCCAGAAACCAAUUCGGUUGUUUCAUGGAGUGCAUCUGGUCAGAGCUUCAUUGUUUGGGACUCUUACGAGUUCUCCAGGACUCUCUUGCCCAAAUACUUCAAGCACAACAAUUUCUCAAGCUUCAUCCGCCAACUCAACACUUAUGGCUUCAAGAAGGUUGAUCCGGACAGGUGGGAGUUUGCAAAUGGAGGGUUUCAGGGAGGGAAGAAGCACUUGCUGAAGAACAUCAAGAGAAGAAUCAGAUAUAACAAGCAGCCAACUGUAGGCUGUGUUGAUUCAACCAAAACUGGGUUAGAAGCCGAAAUUGAAAGUCUAAAGAAAGACCAAGACUUUUUGAAAUUGGAAAUCAUGAAUCUCAGACAACAACAAAAGUACUCACAGCAUCAACUGACUGCUAUUGAACAACGAAUUCGAAAUUCAGAGUGUAAGAACCAAAGGAUGCUCUUUUUCCUCACCAAAACAGCCACAAAUUCCACCAUUGUCCAGCAGCUAAUGCAGAAGAGAGUGAUAAAGAGAGAGCUGGAUGGGAGUGAUCUACGCAAGAGAAGGAGAAUGCCUUCAGUCCAAGUCCUUGAAAGCUUGCGUGAUGGGAUUGAUACCAGCCUCAGUGUGGAUUGUGGAACCCAACUUGAGGAAGAACUGGUGCCUAUGCAGUCUCUGCUUGCUGAACAAGUGGCAGAGGCAAAGGUUGCCAAACAAAAUGAAGGCCCAUUGCCAGCUCCCAUGAUUGAUAAAUCAGGCAAUGCAGUUCAAGAUCUUAAGCCCCAUGUGAUGGCCAGAACCGGCACGGAAGACAUGCCCACUGCUUAUCAUGGCAUGUCUGAGAAUUUCCUGGAGGAAAAUGUAGUCUUUGAUGAUGAUGAAUUUGAAGUCGGUUACUCUAAUUUUUAUCAAGAAUUGGAGGAUUUGAUUGGCAAGCCACAUGAUUGGAGUGGUUAUGUAAGUCACUGCCUGAUGGAGCAAGCUGGGGUAAUUGGGGCCAUGCCUUGAUUUCACAGUUGCAGAGACCUGAGAAUCAAGCUGCAACAUCAGAUGAAUGAAGAACUCCUUAGCCUAUCUUGUGUAGUUGUCCAUAUAACUUUCUGUACUUUUCUUCCCUAAACCCUUGUCUUUUUAUACCUAAAUUGUAAAUAUCUCUUCCUCUCCGCUGCUGAACUGAUACUGCACAGCUUGGUUUAGCAGAUAAACUCUGUAUAAUAUAGAGUGCAUGUUAAAAAUCCCAUCUUUCAGUUUUGCUUCAA